AUGCACACACAUUUUGGCCAUUUCGAUUUGGCGAUGGAGGGCGUCCACGAGGCGCUGAGUGCGGCGCAGGAGGCGGCCGACACCUCGUGUCUGGCGCACGCGGCCGCCUGGGGCGCGCUGGCGGGCGGCAGGGCGCGCCGCUCGGCGCUCUUGGCGCGGCUGCCCAGUGCACCGCGCGUCGCCGGCGCCGCCGCACAGCUGAUGGCGCAGCACGCCGCCGUCAACGCGGCUAAUCCGUGCGAGGUUUUUCAGAUCAUAACAAGAGGAGAAUCUAUAAAUUACCUUCAUUCAAUGACCGACUUCACCAUGGCAGGUUUGGCGAAUACUGCAGCAUUGUGGUCAUUAUAUGGUAAAACUGAAAUGGCAUCUAUAAGUUGUCAGUUGCUCCUGAAUCUCAAUACAAAGUGCAACGUGGGGUCGAGCAGCGUGUGGCACUGGUCAGAAGCGUGCGCGGUGGCGGGAGCGGGCGCGGCCACCGUGGCAGCGUGGCGCGGUGAGGGCGCGCUCGCCGCCGCGCUGCUCUCUCACUUGCACCACCUGCCGUCGCCGCCGCUCAGGGCCGUGGCGGCGAGGCACCGCGCCGGCGCCGCCCUACUAGCCGGCAAAUGGGAGGAAGCCGAUUUAAACAUACGUCAACUAGCAUCCUUUGAUAGGUGGGAGAGCCAAUUGCUUAAAGCAGAGAUGUAUUUUCUCAAAGGAGACGCCAUGGAUUCUCUGGAAACCCUGCAAGACAUUUUGAACUAUUGUAACACUGAAGACGAUAGUCUACACUUCUCUUCAUUAAAGCUCAAAGCAAUGAUUUUAAUGUCUCAAGUGCAGCUAUCGUACAGCAGCAGCCAAUCGACCAACAUUCUAUUGUUGAAUGAAGCAUUGUCAUGGGCGAAGAGGUACCAUUUGCACUACCUAUCGGCCACCGUAGAAAUGCACAUUGCUAAUGUGCAGCUGCACAUGGGGUGUGCGAAGAAUGCUCUUGUGCUUGUUAGAAAAGUGUUGCCUGUAAUAAUGGCGCACGGUAGUGCGUAUGACAUGGCGAGAGGGUUAUUGCUGUACACCAAGUGCCGUAUUGCCACUGCACCUCCCAGUGGCGAGGCUCGAGUACUAGUGUUUCAGUCAUGCUGUGAAGCAUUAGAAUCCGUCAAAGAGAAUUUUUGCAAAAUUGGCGCACAAUUGCGAUUGUUACAAACCUGGUAUAUACAGGCACAACUAUAUAAUGAUGUGGGCAACAUCGCAGGCAGAAAUCAGUGUGCGUGGAUGUAUAGACAAUUAGAAACCCAAAACCCUGUGGAUUUAUCAAAUAUGUUACAUAUAAUGUAC